CCUAGCAUUUCUGAGCAAAUUAGCCCACAUCAUAAUCUGCAGCCAUGAAGUGGGUAACAUUAAUUUCAUUUAUUUUCCUCUUUAAUUCCGCUACAUCCAGGAAUCUGCAAAGAGUUGCUCGCGAGGCAGACCACAAGAGUGAAAUCGCCCAUCGGUACAAUGACUUGAAGGAAGAGACAUUUAAGGCAGUUACCAUGAUCACAUUUGCCCAGUAUCUCCAGAGAUGUUCUUACGACGGACUGUCUAAGCUGGUGAAGGAUGUCGUAGAUCUGGCGCAGAAGUGCGUGGCCAACGAGGAUGCUCCCGAGUGCACGAAAUCACUGCCCACCAUUUUCCUGGAUGAAAUCUGCCAAGUGGAAAAGCUCCGCGACUCAUACGGUGCAAUGGCUGACUGCUGUAGUAAAACGGAUCCCGACAGAAAUGAGUGCUUCCUGUCGUUUAAAGUUCCCCAACCAGACUUCGUGCAGCCCUACCAGAGACCGGCUAGCGAUGUGAUAUGCCAGCAGUACAGUGACGACCGGGUGGCACUCCUGGGACAUUUCAUCUACACUGUUGCAAGAAGAAACCCCUUCUUGUACGCCCCAACAAUCCUCAGUCUGGCUGCUGAUUACGAACACGCGCUGCAAAGCUGUUGCAAAGAGAGCGAUAUCGGUACUUGCUUGGACGAAAAGGCAGCUGUCAUAAAAGAAAGAGCCAAGAAAAUUAGCUUGCAGCAGCAGUACUCCUGUGGAAUCCUCAACAAGUUUGGUGAGAGAACUUUCAAAGCAAAAAAACUUGCUCUCCUGAGCCAGAAAUAUCCCAAGGCUCCAUUCUCAGAAAUUACUAAAAUUCUGCAAGACAUUAAGGGUACCUACAAGGAGUGCUGUGAAGGGGACAUGGUGGAGUGCAUGGAUGACAGGGCAGAGCUUAUGGCCUAUAUGUGCUCUAAACAAGAUGUUUUCUCAAGUAAAAUCAAACACUGCUGCGAAAAGCCAGUUGUGGAACGAAGCCAGUGCAUCAUCGAAGCAGAUUUUGAUGACAAACCUGAAGAUCUCCCUUCGCUCGUUGAAAAAUACAUAAACGAUAAGGAAGUGUGCAAAAGCUUUGAGGCAGGCCACGACGCCUUCUUGUCAGAGUUUGUUUACGAGUACUCACGAAGACACCCUGAGUUCUCCACACAGCUGAUUCUGAGAAUUACCAAGGGAUACGAAACACUCCUGGAAAAGUGCUGCAAAACAGACAACCCUGCCGACUGCUACGGAAACGCUCAAGAGGAAUUGAACAAUCACAUCAAAGAAACCCAGGAUGUUGUAAAGACAAACUGCGAUCUUCUCAAUACCCAUGGCGAGCAAGACUUCCUUAAAGCACUUCUGAUCCGCUACACUAAGAAAAUGCCCCAGGUGUCAACUGAGACCUUGCUUGAAAUCGGAAAGAAAAUGACAGCCGUCGGUACCAAGUGCUGCCAGCUUCCCGAAGACAAACGCCUGCCUUGUUCUGAGGGAUACCUGAGCAUCGUGAUUCAGGAUAUGUGCAGGAGACAGGAGACCACACCUAUCAACGACAACGUUUCACACUGCUGCAGCGACUCCUACGCAUACAGGAGACCGUGUUUCACUGCCAUGGGAGUAGACACCAAAUACGUGCCUCCGCCAUUUGACCCCGAGAUGUUCAACUUUGACGAAAAACUGUGCACUGCUGCUCCUGCCGAACAGGAAAUAGGGCAGAUGAAAUUGCUUGUCAACCUCAUUAAACGCAAGCCCCAGAUGACAGAAGAACAAAUCAAGACAAUUGCCGACGGUUUCACUGCCAUGGUAGAAAAGUGCUGCAAGCAGACGAAUAUUGAGACAUGCUUUGGCGAAGAGGGUGCAAACCUAAUAGUGCAGAGCAGAGCCACAUUAGGAAUUGGUGUUUAACACGUGGUUGCGAGUGGGAAAAAUAUGAAGAAAAAUACUUCUGUGUAACUUCACCUGCCCAUUAUCUUUUUUCCUUUGGUAUUGAAUGAGUAUUUCGUCAAUCUUCAGUGUUUUGUCAAACAACAUGCUUUUCCAGAAGCUUUUCAAUUAUAUUACUUUAAAAAAAUGAAUAAUAAAUAAAAGCUUUAUAAAUC